GUCCCUGGUCCCAGUUCUACAUCUGACACUAACCAGGAACCAGAUUCUGUUUUCAAAGAUUCUUCAAAAUGAUUCUUCAUCAUUUUCACUGCCAAACCAAACCCUACUCAUUCACACUUCCAAGAUUCAGUCAUUCACCUCACAGUCACACCAAUCAAAUUAAACUCCCCAUGUCCCACAUUACACCAAGAUUCCACAAUCUAACCCCUCGGUUAGUUCUGACUCCAUGCUGCUCUCUACAUGAUAAUGUUUCAACAAAUAAAACCCUAAUGCAAGAAGAAAAAAAUGGUAAAAACAAUUUCUGGGGUGCGGUUAGUUUGAUUAUUGGAACUGCAGUAGGGCCUGGAAUGCUUGGUUUGCCUGCUGCUACCAUUAAAUCAGGCUCAUUUCCAUCAACCCUAGCUAUUGUUCUCUGUUGGGUGUAUGUUAUUUCUUCUGUUUUACUUGUGGCAGAGCUUAGUUUUGCUGCCAUGGAGGAAGAUGGAGUGGAGGAGGUGAGUUUUACUGGCCUUGCGACACAGUCAUUAGGGGGUUAUUUUGGUGUUUUAGUUGGUGUUGUUUAUGCUAGCUUGAGUUUUUCUUUGUUAGUUGCUUGUGUUUCAGGCAUUGGUUCAAUUGUAUCUCAGUUGUUUCCUAGGUUGAAUGGUUUAUUAGCUAAUGCAUUGUUUCCUCUUACUGUGGGAAUGAUUAUUGCGUGUUUUCCGUUCGAGAUCAUCGAUAAUGCGAAUCGAGUACUAUGCGUUUUCAUGCUGUUUUCCAUUAUUGGAUUGGUGGGUAUUGGUUUAUCUGUGGCAAGAGCUAAUGUGUUGAACUCUUUUGCUCAUUCUUCAUGGGGGAUUUCAGCUAUCUUGCCUGCUAUACCAGUUACUGUUCUUACAUUAGGAUUUCAUGUUAUUACCCCUUUUAUAUGUAAGCUUGCUGGGGAUGAUGUAUCCGAGGCUAGAAAAGCGAUUUUGAUUGGUGGUUGUGUCCCUUUGAUUAUGGUUUUGUCAUGGAAUUUGAUUGUGUUGGGGCUUGCUGGGUGUAAUGGAACUGCCAACUCUGAUGAUCCUAUCGCGCUUCUGCUUUCUGUCAAUCCUUCUGCAUUAUCUGCUGUUCAGGGUUUUGCAUUCUCUGCUCUGGCUACUAGCUUGAUCGGAUAUGCUGUUAGCUUCCCGAAACAGGUUCUUGAUGCAUUUGAUUUGGUGUUUACGAAAAUGAAUUCUGAAGAACAGAUGAGCUCUCGGUAUCAAAUGCUUCAGAUAGGGGAUAGUGAUGGAAGAGUUGGAUUAGUAACUUUUUCUGGGGGGAGUAACUAUGGAAAAGCAGGGGAAGGUCUGUUUGAUAAAUCUAAGUAUUUUGCUGCUGUGGAAGAUACAAUGCAAUUAAACGCGAAGGAGUCUAACUCAUUCCGUCACAAAAUUUUAACUGUGAUGGUACUCGGUGUUUCUGUUCUCGUAGGAUCCUUAUUUCGCGCAACAUUCUCAAGAGCCCUUGAUUUUGCAGGAGUUUAUGCAAAUUGUUUCUUGUUUGGGAUACUUCCUCCUUUAAUGGCAUAUGUACAGCAAUCCAAAAAGAAGCUCAGGUCAUCCAUUCUGCCAGGAGGAGACAUUGCACUCAUGCUACUUUUCGGCAUAGCGGUAAUUUUGGCGAUUUGGCAUUAGAUAGCUAGCAGCAGAAUGGUUCGGCUAUUCGAGUUGACAUCAACAAUUUUCAUCAAGGACAAAAGAUAUCGAACAUCUUAAUAUAGAAUCGCAUGUUAUGCAUUCUUUUUCAGUUUCAUGAAAAAUACCACAUUGGUAAGUUCAGCUCAUACAUUGGCUGGGUAGGUAUCAGGCAACAUUUAGGUGUAUUAGAGUAGGAAAUAUACCGACACAUUGGUGAGUUUGUACAUGGGAGAAGAAACUAAGAACAAAAGGAGAAACAUACAUGUCUUACCACGGGCAUCUUCUUACCGUACAUAAAAUGAACAUGCACGUCCUUGAUGAUUUGCAGCCUCAUCUUGCAUAUUUGUUUACUAUGGUGAUUUAUGUACAAUUCCCUGAAUGUUGUCUGAACUCUGAAGCCUUUCUUUCUUCCAAGUGUGAAAUUCUUUGAUGCAA